CCAACUCCCUCUAUACUAGAAAACUGUUUCAACCAUCAGGUUUUAUGGUUUGGGUGGCAAAGUUGUAAAUACGACUUGCGAAAACUGUAUCUAUAAAUGGCAAUGGCGAGAAGAAUAAUCUAAAAAAAAUAAAAACUCUGGAUUUCGACUGUGAAUUGGAGAUACGAUGGCUGAUGGAAACACGCACUCGCAGUCGCGGUACGUGAAGUUGAAGAAGGAUCAAGCACCAUUGGAGGAGAUCACCCCCGGAGAGCUUAACCAACCCAUUCAAGUCCCUCAGUUAGUCGUUCAUAGAUGUAAUGAAUGUGGUCAACCACUGCCUGAAAGCUACCAGCCACCUGCUGAUGAAGAUUGGACAACUGGGAUUUGUGGCUGUGCUGAAGAUACUGAAAGUUGCUGGACUGGACUUUUCUGCCCAUGUGUGUUGUUUGGACGUAAUGUUGAAAAUUUGCAAGAUAUUCCAUGGACCAAUGCAUGUGUUUGUCAUGGCAUGUGUGUCGAAGGUGGACUUGCACUUGCAGCAGCAACAGCUCUGUUCCAUGGUAUUGAUCCUAAGACAUCAUUUCUCAUUGCUGAGGGUCUUUUAUUUAGUUGGUGGAUGUGCGGCAUCUACACUGGUUUAUUUCGACAAUCAUUGCAGAAGAAAUAUCAUCUCAAGAACUCGCCAUGUGACCCCUGCCUGGUGCACUGCUGCUUUCACUGGUGUGCCAUAUGUCAGGAGCACAGGGAGAUGAAAAACCAUUUAUCUGAUAAUGUCGCAGUUAACAUGACUGUUGUUAGCCCUCCACCGGCUCAAGAGAUGGACACUCGCGAUAACAAGGAGUCCACACCAUCUGCACCCGAAAAUGGCGAGCAAAGCAAUUUGGAAAUUCAGCAUUUGUAGAAUUUUCAAAUUGCCUAUUAUACAGGACUCAAAGUUUUACCAUUUCUGUUUCUUUUUUCAUUUUUUUUAUAAUGUUUGAAUAUAACACACCAACAACACUGGCUUCCCAUCGUAGCAACAAUGUACCAAUACAUACAUUUUUAGUUAACGGGAGAGCACCUUGGUUAAAAUGGAACAAAUAGAUGAAAAGCAAUGAUAUAGUGGACUCGAAUGAAGAAACGCUCUCCUUUGUUAGAUUUUGUCAUUUCCGAUCAUAGUUAUUGAUGUGACACAUUUUUAUGCGAUUUUCUAUCAAGAUUAUUCUCAGUUAACCAACCA